AUGCCAAUUGUUACCAAUUUAAUAACUCAGAAUUUAAUAAACAAUUCUAAAAAUUCUACAAAUAUUUUUUUCUACGAAACAAAGCAAAAUAUUGAUUUUACUAAUUUAAUAUUAGCUAUAUUUCUUUGUCUUUUUUGUAUUAUUACCAUUUUUGGUAAUGGACUUGUUAUUUAUGCUGUUAUUCAAGAACGAUAUUUAAAAUCAGCUACUUAUUAUUAUAUGGCAUCAUUAGCAUGUGCUGAUUUAUUUGUUGGUUUAAUUGUUAUGCCAUUUGCUAUUGUUCAGGUUAUCUAUGGUGAAUAUUGGCCAUUCGGAAAAACUUGUUGUGAUAUUUGGCAUUCAAUAGAUGUUUGUGCAAGUACUGCAUCAAUACUUGAUUUAUGUGUUAUUGCAUUGGAUCGUUAUUCAGCAAUAACAAAUCCAAUUUCAUAUCAUCGAGCAUUUUUUGUUAAACGUUGGUCUUAUCUUAUUUUUGCUGUUUGGUUAUGUUCAGGUUUUAUUUCAUUUCCUGCUAUAGCCUAUUGGCGUUUAGUUGUUCGUCAAUAUCAAAUUGAUCGUUGUCUUUUUCCUGAUGAUAUUUAUUAUAUAUUAGUUUCAUCAUUAAUAUCUUUUUAUAUACCUUUAUUUGUAAUGAUUUUUGUUUAUAUAAGAAUUUAUCGUGCUGCUAUAAAACAAUUACAUGCAUUUAAAACUGGUGUUAAAAUAACAACAGAAAAAACAAGAAAUUUUAAAAAACAUAUAAAUAAUGAAAAUUCACCAACAAUAAAUAUGUCACCCGAUGUUUGUUUACGUAUACAUCGUGGUAAAUAUCAUGGUAUUUUAAUUGAUAGACAAUCAUCACUUACAGAUAAUUCUGUAUCACAUUAUUCAAUAACAAAUGAUAAUCAUCAAUUAACAAUAAAAAAAAAUAAACAAAUAUCAUCAGAAAAAGCACGUCGAACACUUGGUAAACGUUUAACAAAAUUUUCUAAAGAACAAAAAGCUACAGUAACACUUGCUUAUGUUAUGGGAAUAUUUGUUUUAUGUUGGUUACCUUUUUUUGUUUAUAAUCCUUUAACUGCUAUAGCAAAACUAUUUCUUGAAAGAAGAAAAAAAAAUUUAAAUAAAAUAGAAGAAUUUCUAACUGGAAAUGAUCUUUUCUUUCAAUUGGUUACUUGGUUUGGUUAUAUUAAUUCAGGUGUGAAUCCAAUAAUCUAUGCUUAUUCUUCACGUGAAUUUCGUCGUGCAUUUAUUAAAUAUUUAUGUCGGUGUUUUCCAACACGUUUAAGAAACAUAUUUAUGUCUUAUCAUAAUUUACAUUUAUUACGUUAUCGUUAUCAACGACCAUCAUCAGCUAUAUCAACUGAAAAUCUUAAAUACAAUUUAGAUAAUAUUAAUAAAAAUUUAAUUAUUCCAACAGUAUCAUCAUCAUCAACAUCAGCAACAACUGUUUUAAUAAAUAUACAAAAUAAAAAUCAACCAAAACUUCGAUUUUUAACAAAUUAUUCUCGUAAAAAUACAAAUCAACAAAAACAAUAUAAUAAUAAUAAACCUAAAACUAAUAUUCUUGUUGAUUAUUGUAAUUAUCAUGAUGUUGCUAUUUCAAGAGUAACAUGUCUUUGA